AUGACCGACCGUAUCGGGUCCCAGUCUCAACCUGGUCCGGUAGUAGCUGAAGAUGUUAAUCGGAUGCUGCAGAAGCGUGCAGAUGAGGUCUUUGCAGUGAGCUCCGAUGGGCAGACAUACACUGCGCCAAGGUGUCUCAUCGGUACUCCAGUGCGCAAGAUCACUGAAAAUGACGACUACUGGAAGUCGGGAUGGCUCUCUCUUGAAUCGUUCUUUGCACAGGAGGAAAGUGAGAAGAAAGCUAAAGCUGAAGCGGGUGUGCGACGGCAACUCGAUCCUUCAGACAAGCGCGCCGCAAAAGAGCACAAGAUCCAUUCGGACAAUGUCUGCAAGCACAAGAAAAUCAGAGAGAUAUUCGGAAAGGAGACGAACUAUCAUCCUAACCAGUUGGUUUCCAAGCACCAUCUACCUGCGGACGGGCUUUGCUACAUGGACAUCAUGUACAAGCUUGCCUGCAAGGUAUCGGAUCUGAAAUAUCUCCAAGAUCGAAAGGAGCUUACUAUGGAUCCAUGGGAUUUCAUCCGAUGGCGAGUCGCGCUGAAACUUCAGCCGAAACUUUUGUUUGCAGCGCAGACUGGUCGCGAGUAUGUUCGAACCAUCAUCUCUCAAAUCUUCGAAGGACCUGGAACGGUUUCUUUCCCUCGCCCGUAUCAUGAUCCCCUACUUCGCGCAGCCAUCAUUCGAUCAGCUGGUUAUCAGGGCCGCCUGAACAGCUACGGCAAGCCCAGCGAUAAGCACAAGGUCGUUAAAAAACCUUCUACGACCACUUCUCGUGUCAAAGCCAGGCCCUUGUCGCCUUUGGCACACCGGCCAGUCAAUCCUUCUCGAGUUGAGAAACGUCAAAAGAUAUCUUCUCAACCAAGCAACUACCAUGGCGUCAACGCCUUCCGAGCCCAGCAACAAACUCGUCAGGGAUCGCAAUAUAACCCCAAGCAAUGA